UCAUUCGCGGGCGAAGCGGAAAGCGCGGGCAGGCCGUGCCGCGUGACCUGAAGGCAGUCGCACGUUUACCGGCCACGGCCGCGCUGUCGCCCCUUUCCUUCCAUCCUCGCGCUUUUAUUCCACUCCCACCCCCCUCCCUCCUUCCUCCGGCCGUCGUCGCGCCGGGCUCCACCUCCACCUCCACCUCCACAAGAGACUCCACUCCCCGCCAACUAGUGCUGCUACGUACGUACGUACUACCACGAGUCGCAAUCCCCGUUCCGAAUUCCCCACCACCACCACCACCACCACCACCGCCACCGCGAGCGGAAAGCGGCUCCGUCCUCCCUUUUCGCUUAUCUUUCGCCCCGCUCCUUCCGUUUCUCGCUCAAGCACUAGGAGCAGUGCUGCAGCUGCAGCAGCAGCAGCAGUAGUACGUAGCAAGGAAGCAAAGCAAGGCGGCGGGCUUCUGAUGUCGUCGCCGCCCGCCGCGCCGGGCCCGGCCUCGCCGCCGGGAAAUCGCACGGCGCCGCCCCCGGCCUCCGCGCCACCCGCUACCAACUCGACGCCCCCUUCGCCGCCGGCGCCACCGGCCUCCUCGCCGCCGCCCUCUUCCCCCCUGCCACCGCCGUCGACGCCCGCGGCGGCGCCUCCGUCCUCCGGCACCACCCCCGCGACGCCCUCCCUCCCGCCUCCCUCGGCGCCCGGGACGCCCGCCGCGCCGUCUCCCCCGUCGACCACGCCGUCUCCCCCGACCGAUCGUCCGACGCCGUCUGCCCAGGCCUCGCCGCCGCCGCCGAGCUCGGGGCUCACGACGGCCACGGUGGCGGGGAUCGCGGUGGGCGGGCUGAUCGCGCUGCUGCUCGCCAGCCUCCUCUGCUUCUGCAUGCUCAAGAAGAAGAGGCGCCACCACCCGCACCACCACCCGCCGCCGCCGCCGCCCCACCACCUGCACUACUACGGGCAUCCGCCGCCGCCGCCGCCGCCGCCGCCGUUCAAAGGGGAUCAAUAUGGGUGGCAGCAUAAUGCCCCUCCGCCACCCCCUGAUCAUGUUGUGAAGAUGAACUCAAAUCCUUCGACUAAGCCUCCGCCUCCUCCGCUCAAUGUACACAGUAGUGGUUCUGGUUCACAUUUCUCAGGUGGUGGUGAGAACCGACCCCUGCAAUCACCGCUUGGCAACGCCCUCAGCUUCUCGAAAGCCACUUUUACUUAUGAAGAGUUGGCGGUGGCAACCAAUGAAUUCUCCGAUGCUAAUCUUCUCGGCCAAGGUGGCUUUGGAUUUGUUCACAAAGGAGUGCUGCCAGAUGGCACAGAAGUUGCUGUUAAGCAAUUGAGAGAUGGAAGUGGCCAGGGAGAGCGUGAGUUCCAGGCAGAGGUUGAUAUUAUCAGCCGAGUACAUCAUAAACAUCUUGUGACAUUGGUUGGUUAUUGCAUUUCUGAAGACAAGAGGUUGCUUGUCUAUGAGUUUGUUCCCAAUAACACGUUAGAAUUCCAUAUACAUGGAAGGCGUGGACCAACUAUGGAUUGGCCUUCAAGACUACGGAUUGCUUUGGGUUCUGCAAAGGGAUUGGCGUAUCUUCAUGAAGACUGCCAUCCAAAGAUCAUUCAUCGUGACAUAAAGGCAUCAAAUAUUCUUCUGGAUUACAGAUGUGAAGCUAAGGUGGCAGAUUUUGGACUUGCAAAGUUAACCUCUGAUAAUAACACCCAUGUUUCCACCAGAGUAAUGGGCACAUUUGGGUACCUUGCACCAGAGUAUGCUUCUUCUGGCAAGCUCACAGAGAAAUCAGAUGUCUUUUCUUUUGGAGUAAUGCUUCUGGAGUUAAUAACUGGGCGCCGUCCUGUAAGUUCAAAACAAGCGCAUAUGGAUGACAGCCUGGUUGACUGGGCAAGGCCUUUAAUGACAAAAGCUCUCGAGGAUGGUAAUCAUGAUGCUUUAGUGGAUCCCCAUUUGGGAACCGACUUCAAUGAUAACGAGAUGGCAAGGAUGAUCGCCUGUGCAGCGGCAUGCGUACGCCAUUCUGCACGGCGACGUCCACGCAUGAGCCAGGUUGUUCGGGCCCUGGAAGGCGACGUGUCGCUGGAUGAUCUGCACGAAGGCGUCCGACCUGGCCACAGCCGGUUCAUGGGAUCACACGCCAGCUCCGAGUAUGACACCAGCCAGUACAACGAGGACCUGAAGAAGUUCAGGAAGAUGGCGCUCGGGACCAGCAGCUUCCAGAGCAGCCAGCAUACGCCGUCCAGCGGCGAGCAUGAGCACGAGCACCAGAACCCGCCCGUCCCGAGCAGUCAGACGCAGGAGGUGGAGUUGGGGACUACCAAGAGAGACGACGGUGAUGUCGACGGACAGGCUUCCAUGAGCUGACCACUUUUCCUUCCGCUGGAGAGAUUUAACCUCAGGGCAUCAUUUGUAAAUCCACAGCAUAGCUGAAUUCACAUAAGCUGCCAGCUGACUUGCUUGCAAUGAACAAUUUUUUGUUUUGUUUUUGUUGAGAUAUAUAGUUAUUUUGGUAGUCC